AUGGCUUGGACCCCGGGACUCGGGGGGCCGCUUGCGCUGCUCGUCCUGCAGACGGUCUUCAUUUGCUCCGCUCAAACCCCAGGACCCGCUGGUCCACCCGGACCUGCAGGUGUCCCAGGAAUUGAUGGCAUAGCUGGGGAGAGGGGAGCAGAUGGCGAGGACGGCCCUCCUGGACCUGAUGGGGAUGCAGGUAAACCCGGCUCUUCGGGACUGCCAGGAAUACCCGGAGCUGACGGUUUGACCGGCCCUAUUGGCGACGUUGGGCCUGACGGUCCCCUCGGACAGAAAGGUGAACCUGGAAAAGCUGGACCUCGCGGUUUAGCUGGUGUUGGGCCAGACGGACCCCCGGGGCCACCUGGGCCUGGAGGACUUCCGGGUGAAGUGGGCAAAGUUGGGCCCCCUGGUGCUAUGGGAGUGAGGGGGCCACAGGGACCUCGUGGACCGGCUGGGCCCAGAGGUGCAGCAGGGAUGCAGGGCAACACUGAGCUGUGCCCAAACUCCUGCCCACCUGGGACCUCUGGCCAUCCAGGCCUUCCUGGCAUGAAGGGCCACAAAGGUGUGAAAGGGGAAGCGGGAGAACCUGGGAAACAAGGGCACAAGGGUGAGGAGGGGGACCAGGGGAGUGCAGGAGAAGUCGGAUCCCAAGGGCCAACGGGUCCUCAGGGAAUUCGAGGAGCCACCGGCAUGAUGGGCCCCAAGGGAGAGUCAGGAGCUCGAGGCCACGAUGGAGACCCAGGUCCCCAAGGUGUUGCAGGGGCCACUGGGGAUCAAGGCCAGAGAGGUGCGAUGGGUGAGCCAGGGCCCAGAGGUGAAGAGGGUCUUCAAGGGCCAAGAGGAAUCACGGGUCUUCCAGGUCCCAAGGGAGAGCCUGGUUUACCAGGAGUUGAUGGCCGGGAGGGUAUUCCUGGGAUGCCGGGAACAAAGGGAGGCAUCGGGAAGCCAGGAGCUCCCGGGGAGGUGGGGCUUCAGGGACUUCCUGGGCUGCCUGGUGCACCGGGACCAAAAGGCACGAGCGGCACAAAGGGAGACGUCGGUCGACCAGGCCUUCUGGGACCAAUGGGGUCUACUGGAAAACCAGGUGAGCGUGGAGACCAGGGUGAGGUUGGACCUGUUGGACCCAUCGGGGAGCCUGGAAGUAUAGGAGAGCAAGGUCCGGGUGGUCCACUAGGGAAACCAGGUGCCAGGGGACCCAAGGGCGACCUGGGCCUCCCUGGCCUCCCCGGUCCCCCAGGCUUGCCAGGAGUGAAAGGAGAGCGGGGUGACUCUGGAGAGCAGGGACCGAAAGGCGAGCAAGGAGUACAAGGUGCUGAGGGGACCCCCGGAGACAAAGGGGAAGUUGGUGAUUCAGGAGAGGCCGGGGCCAAAGGGGAAGUUGGCAACCCUGGGGAGCCUGGCAACAGAGGUCCCGAGGGAAGUCGAGGCCAGCCUGGCAUCGAGGGUCCCCCCGGUACACCCGGACCGCGGGGCAUGCAAGGAAACAGGGGUGCACCUGGAGUGCGUGGCUCUCAGGGUCCAGCGGGGAAACAACCGAGUGAUCAGCACAUCCGGCAAGUUUGCAUGCGCGUCAUGCAAGAGCAGCUGGCCCAGUUAGCGGCUAGUCUGAGGAGGCCAGAGUCUGGCGCAGCUGGUCUGCCAGGGAAACCUGGACCCCCAGGUUCUCCAGGGCCUCCAGGGGACAAUGGUUUCCCUGGACAGGCAGGUUCAAGAGGACUUCCAGGACUCAAAGGUCCACCGGGGCUUCUGGGGCUCAAAGGACCCAAAGGUGAAAUGGGCGACAGGGGAAGCAGAGGCCCUACUGCGCGAGGGCCCAAGGGUCAGCCAGGGCCCCCUGGCCUGCCUGGUGAGCCGGGGAAGCCUGGAUAUGGUCGGGAUGGACGGGACGGGGAAAGGGGACCUCCUGGGGUUCCUGGCCAGCCCGGUGUGCCUGGACCUCCUGGUUCGGCCGGCCCCAACGGCUACUGUGACCCGUCAGCCUGCAACCUCCAGGCAGGGGCGGCCCAUCAGGCUCUGGACUCAAGUGUGAAGGGUCCAGCAGGGAACUGA